AAUUGUGGAAUCAUGAAAGUCUUUGUUGUUUUAUUAGCCGCCUUGGCUAUGGUUGCACCCGCCUUCGGCAGGACCAUGAAUCGCUGCUCCUUGGCCCAGGAAAUGUAUGCCAUGGGUGUGCCCAAAUCCGAAUUGCCUCAAUGGACUUGCAUUGCCGAGCAUGAAUCGAGCUACCGCACUCAUGUCAUUGGCCCCGCCAACUGGGAUGGCUCCAACGAUUAUGGCAUUUUCCAAAUCAACGAUUUGUACUGGUGCCAACCACAAAGUGGCAAAUUCUCCUACAACGAAUGCCGAUUGGGCUGCAACUCCUUGUUGACUGAUGACAUCAGAGAUUCUGUUAACUGUGCCCGCCAAGUUAAGAACCAACAAGGCUGGGGUGCCUGGGCUGUGUGGCCAAAGUGCAGCGGCUGGUUGCCCAGCAUUGAUGAUUGUUUUUGGUGA